AUGUCCUAUUUGCUAGAAGGCCCCUUGAUGAGUUUUUCUGCAGUAUUUGUAACAUCAAUUGGAGUGAUUUGUUCCGUUUUCACAAUUUUCAUGAACAUCUACUUUAUUAAACAAAUCGGAAGAACCCGUCAGAAAAUGAUUCUCUUUUUCUACCGUCUCUUUCUUGACUUGGCAUAUAGUGUUCUGGCAUGCGCUUAUAUGACAUUCUGCAUUUUGUAUUCAUUUUUUACUGAGGAGCUCCGUGAGCAACAAUUUUUUAUCAUUUACAUCGGAUUUCCACUUCAAACAGCUGGUGCUAUGAGAAUGAUCGUUGCACUUGCCAUUCACACUCCGAUCAUGUACCACAAAUAUCGGGACUUAUGCCCUUCUGUUAUAAUCCUAAUAUUGGCUAUUGGAUUGGGAAUGUUUGAAAACCUUGUUUUGUUCCUAUUUUGUUCUUUGAAUAAUUUCGCAAUGCCACGAAACUGUGGUGUUUUGCGAUGCGCAAUUGAUUCGUGUUUUUUUGAUUUCUGGACAACGGAUCGAUCAGUAGUGUUUGCUCUUAACUUUGCAUUUUCCGGUUUACUUUCUACAAAACUGUUAAUUUUCCAUAAAUCACAUAGACAGAAUACAGGUGGAGUGCAAUCAAAGGUGAAUAAUCUAGCUAUGAUUGAUGCUGCCAACGUAUUCCUGGGUGAUUUUUUUCCGACCUCAAUUUCCAAUUAUAUAGCUCAAUUUGCGUUUUCCAGCUUUAAGAACAUUGGACCAUAUAUGUUUAUUAUAAAACUAAUUGGAAACGCAGUGGAGUCAAUUUUCAUAUUGAAGAUUUUGAAGAAAAAAAGCGCCCGUGCAAGUAUUGUGGUUGCAAGUCGGACCCUUCAAAAUUAA